AUACCUAAUAGGUAUGGCGACGUUACGUUUCCCGUCUGGUAAAGUAGUUUCUGUCCCGCACGGUAUUGUGAAGUCCCUUGGCCGCGCUGAUGUUGCUCGCUACCCCGAAGCCGUUACAGUAUCUAGGGUUCACUGUACCGUUGAAAGCGUCAUUUGCGACGACGGUCAGACAGCUUUGAAACUCACCAGCAAAGGAUCUCAAAACCCUACUUUGUUAGUCAUACCAGGGAAACAGGCCUGCGACUUGCACAUAGGCCAGUCGGCAGUUCUUCAGGACGGCGCCGCGUUCAGCCUCAUCAUCACUCGCCCGGACUUAGCUAUUGCAGUCCACAUGGAACCGGCACAGCCCCUAGCCGGGGCUGCAGCCAGCACCGCAGUUGCCGGGCCAGCAGCAGGCAUGGCAGAAGCGGCGCGCCCUGUCCUCGCCGGGGAGGCCCAGCCGGAGACCUCUCCCGUAGCCCCGGGGCCGGCGAGUGCUGCAGCGCGGGGACAGGGCGAAAACCCGGCGGAUGCCGCUGCGACGAGCCUCAGCGGCCACGUCGCUGGCCAGGACGCGACCUCCUCGCCGUCAAAAGCCCACACCUCAGAUGGCGACGACAAAGGUGACGGGCUUGCCUCACAGGAAGGCGCCUUUCCGUCUCCCGCAUCUCCCGCACCGGACGGCACCGCUGGCCGGAAGGCCGCUGAAGAGAACGCGGGGAGGAAGGCUGGCGGCAAGCUGGGGAGGGCUGUGAUGCGAGGCAUUGGCAACGGCAGGCCGCCGUCGCAAACAGCCCCCCCUGUGUUGCUGCUUUUAGCGGGCUUGCCGGGAUCAGGCAAGAGCACCUUCAGCCGGGAGCUGCUGGCGGCGUCCCCGGUGGCGUGGGUCCACGUGAACCAGGACGCAAUCCGCGACGGCAAACCGGGCACUCGGGAGCAGUGCAUCGCGGCGGUGCGUACUGCACUGGGUGAGGGAGCUUGCUGCGUGGUGGACAGGUGUCACCAGGAUGGGGCGCAGCGGGCCUCCAUGCGCGCUGUGGCGGCAGAGUGCGGCCUGGCGGUGCACUGCGUGGCGCUACAGCUACCAGAAGGGCUGUGCGCCAAGCGUGUUUCUGAUCGGACGGGCCACCCGGGAGGGUUGCAGGGUGAUGGCUCUAAGAAGGUCGUGUUUAUGAUGGCCGGUCAGAUGAAAAAGAACAGUAACUGGCCGCCGGCGCUGUCCGAGGGCUUUGCCUCAGUCAUGGAUUGCCACAACGACGCUGACGCGGCCGCAGCUGUACGAGCAUGGGCGCUGUACGGCAGCGACGGCUCCGGCGCACAGUCCACCGGACUAAAAUUGGCUGUGGGCAGUACGGCGGCAGCAGCGGACGCUGUCGGCAGCAGCGGCAGCGGCGCAACAGCGCCUGCUACAGCAGCGGCCGAGCCAGUGGCGCAGGGGUCAGCUACGGCCCCGCAGGGUCCACCGGCAGCAACCCCCGCCGCGGCCGCAGCCGCAGUGACUCUGGCAGUAUGGCGUGAACAUGUGGCGAAGCGCAAGCCGGUGGCUGCAGGUAUCACAUCGUUCUUCAAGUCCGCAGGCGUAGCAGGUGCAGCUGGAAGACAAGCGUCCGGUAGUGGGGCAGGUGCCGUGACUGGCGCGACUCAAGGGAAGCCUGGCACAUCUGGAAUUUCUGCACGCAACGGCAGCGGCCGCAACCCCCCAGGUGCAAGCAACGCCGCUGUAGCUGGCGGUGCAACAGCCUUGCACGUCGCGAUACCAGGGCGGGCAGGCCAGGGUGGCGAAGAUCAGAAAGCGGGCAAUGCCGCAGCAGGUGCUGGAGUAAAAAAGGCCACGCCUCCUACGAGCAUCAGAGUGAGCAGUCAGCAGCAGCGAACUGAGCCCCCGGCUGACGAGCGCAGCGCAAAGCGCACAAAGCGGGUGGAGGCCUCCGCGGAAGGGGUGGGCAGGGGCAAUAGGCUUGGCGGCGGCAGCGGGGAUUUGAUAGCAGCAGCAAGUGGGAGUCCCCCGAGGACUAGUAAGUCGAAUAUGACAGAUGCAGGCGGCAGCUCGAGCCAGGGGCGUGGUAGGGACUCAGGCAAGGGCUGCGGUAACCAGGCUGGGCGGAAUGCCUUUACCGUCCUUAUGGCAUCGGUGUCGCGCCAGGCGGCUGAUUGCAAUGGGGGCUCGGGCGGUGAUGGCGGUGGCGGGGCCUCAAAGCGCGCCAAGCAUUCAAGCGGCGCUGACACCGGAGUGGAGCUCGACUCAAGGUUCAAGGUGAACGCGCCUUGGGCGCAAGCGCUACGCAUCAUAGCGCUUCAUCCUGAGGAAGCGCAGCAGGAUGUGCUGCAUCAAGAUGACAAGGUGGUUAUGAUCCGAGACCCUUUCCCAAAAGCAAAGCAUCAUGCGCUCGUCAUCGCACGCGACCCUGUGCUGAGAACAAUCGCGGAUCUGCGCAAGGAACAUCUUCCGCUGCUGGCACACAUGCAGCGAGUGGCAAUCAAUUGGGUGCAAGAGGUGCGCGGCAAGGACCCAGCGGUCGUGGCCUUCAAGCUGGGCUUUCAUGCGGUGCCGUCGAUGUGCCAAGUGCAUCUUCACGUCGUGUCACAGGACUUUGACUCAGCGGCACUGAAGAACAAGAAGCACUGGAACAGUUUUACCACUGCGUUCUUCCUGCCCUUGGAUGUUGUCGAGCGCGAGCUCAAAUCCCAUGACCGACUCAAGCUUAUAGAUCCAGAGGAGCAGGCUCAGCUGGAGGGCCGCGAGCUGCGGUGUCAUGGCUGUGCCAAGCCUAUGAAGUCCAUGCCAGAGCUGAAGAAGCAUAUUGUUAUUUGCGAUGCCGUAAAGCACCUCCCAGGCAUUUGA